CAGUGGAUGUGUUUUCUUCCCUCUUCCUCCACCUUAUCCACUUUUAUCUCUCUCUCUCUCUCUCUCUAAUCUAUAUCUCUCCAUCCCUCUAUCACACACUCUCUCUCACUAACCCUAAUGUCAGUAGCAUUCUGUUAACCUGCAACUCCCAUGGCGGCAAUUGUAUCCUGCCAUUACUCUUCUUCUCUUUCUACCACCUCAAAACUCAUCAACCCUCAAUUAUCCACCAAUUUUGUCCGGUUUUCAAAUUCCCAGAAGAAUACCUCGUUCCACCGAUUCGUGCCGCGCUGUUCUUCCCAAAUCCCUCGCCACCAUAAACAGAGAGAUAGGUUAUUUCCAUUGAAGGAAUGUGCGAUUUCAAUUGCAUUGGCUGUUGGAUUGAUAACUGGAGCACCUACAUUGGGUUGGUCUAGUUAUGCCAAUGCAGCAACUCAGGCAUUGCCAGAUUUGUCAGUGUUAAUAUCGGGGCCGCCAAUUAAGGAUCCGGGAGCAUUGUUGAGAUAUGCUUUGCCUGUUGACAACAAAGCUAUAAGGGAAGUUCAAAAGCCACUUGAAGAUAUCACAGACAGUCUCAAGAUUGCUGGAGUCAAGGCACUUGAUUCUGUGGAAAGAAAUGUGAGGCAGGCGUCUAGGGCUUUUAAGCAGGGUAAAAGUCUAAUUGUUUCGGGAUUGGCUGAAUCAAAGAAGGAUCAUGGAAUUGAAUUGCUUGGCAAGCUUGAAGCUGGCAUGGAUGAGCUCCAACAGAUUGUGGAAGAUAGAAAACGUGAUGCAGUAGCGUCUAAACAGAAAGAGCUACUUAAUUAUGUUGGAGGUGUUGAAGAGGAUAUGGUGGAUGGCUUUCCAUACGAAGUGCCUGAAGAAUACCAAAAUAUGCCUUUACUGAAAGGAAGGGCCACUGUGGAUAUGAAGGUCAAGGUCAAGGAUAACCCUAGCCUGGACGAGUGUGUGUUCCGCAUUGUCCUGGAUGGUUAUAAUGCUCCAGUAACAGCCGGAAAUUUCGUUGAUUUGGUGGAAAGGCAUUUCUAUGACGGCAUGGAAAUCCAAAGAGCUGAUGGCUUUGUAGUCCAAACUGGAGAUCCUGAGGGCCCAGCUGAGGGCUUUAUUGAUCCCAGUACAGGGAAGACACGUACAAUUCCGUUGGAAAUUAUGGCUAUGGGAGAGAAAGCACCUUUCUAUGGAGCAACUUUGGAAGAGCUUGGUCUUUACAAGGCUCAAACAAAGCUUCCAUUCAAUGCAUUUGGAACAAUGGCUAUGGCCAGAGAUGAGUUUGAUGACAACUCUGCUUCAAGCCAAGUUUUUUGGCUAUUGAAAGAAAGUGAACUAACUCCGAGUAAUGCCAACAUAUUGGACGGUCGAUAUUCAGUAUUCGGUUACGUAACAGAAAAUGAAGAUUUUUUGGCAGAUGUUAAGGUUGGAGAUGUCAUAGAGUCAAUUCAAGUGGUUUCUGGCCUUGAUAAUCUUGCCAACCCAAGCUACAAGAUUGCUGGUUAGUGCGAUCGACAAUUCUGUAUUUUUAGGGUUCGAUAAUGUGAAUGGGAGUAUGCAUUCCAACAAGUCUGUGGAGAGUUUAUUCCUUCUAUUGAUUUAUUGGAUACUGGUUCAUUUUGUUUUUCGAGAGAAGAAUGUAAUCACUCAAACAAAUUAACACUGUCGUUUAUCUUUGUUUCUUAAUUUGAGUGUUAUAAGUAUCAUUUUUCUUUGGUUUGUAUCCAAUUUUGGAUUGACUGUU